AGAAUAAAGUGAUAAUAAAACCAUAAAAUUGGCUUCGUCUCCCUCAUUUUCUGUUUAUGGGUAUCGCCUCUUUCUCUCUCCCUCUUCCUCGUGCUUCUUGCCCCUUUCUCUCCCACUCCGACUCUUCUCUCUCUCGCCAACGAAGACCCUUUUCUCCUCUGGUCUCGUCGAAGAGAGAGAUUGUGUUUUGAUCUUCUUAUUGUUUAUCUUUUUUAACAGAUUUUUUUUAUUUGAGAAAAUGAAAAUGGAGAUUUCAAGGGUUUUGUUCUUCGUUUUGGGGGUUGAUUCUUUAUUUUUUACGAUUAGGGCUCAAUCUUCUGCUCCAGCUUCCGCUCUCACCAUCGAUGGAUGGAUAUAAAAUUCGAGUUGGUGAUUGUGCAUUAUUUAAGCCACCCCAGGAGUCCCCCCCAUUUAUUGGAAUAGUACGUAAGUUGACAUUAGACAAGAAGGACACUCUAAGUUUAAGUGUAAAUUGGCUUUAUCGACCUGCUGAUAUAAGUCUUGCAAAAGGUAUAUCGCAUGACGCGGCACUGAAGGAGGUCUUUUAUACCUUUCACAAGGAUGAGAUUCCUGCUGCAUCGUUACUCCAUCCCUGUAAAGUUGCAUUCCUUCGUAAAGGUGUUGAACUUCCUCCAGGGAUAUCCUCAUUUGUAUGCAGACGAGUUUAUGACAUUGAGAACAAGUGUUUAUGGUGGUUAACUGAUAAAGACUGUAUUAAUGAACGACUAGAAGAAGUAGAUAAGCCAUUAGACAAGAGAAUACUAGAAAUGCAUGGGGCCGCGCAACCCGGAGGCCGUUCUCCAAAAUCAUCGAAUGGUCCUUCAUCAACACCGCAAUUAAAAUCUGGUUUUGAUAUUGUACAAAACAACACACCCUCUUUUUCUUCACAGGCUAAGGGAAAAAAGAGGGAGCGAGGUGAUCAAGGUUCUGAUACUGUGAAACGAGAGCGUUUAGCUAAAGUAGAAGAUGGCGAUUCAGGUCAAUUUAGGCCUGAAAAUAUGUUAAAGUCUGAGAUAGCUAAGAUAACUGACAAAGGAGGGCUUGUGGACCUUUCUGGUGUUGAAAAGUUAGUUCAGCUCAUGCAAUCUGACAGUGCUGAGAAGAAAAUAGACUUGGCUGGCAGAAUAAUGCUUGUUGAUGUGAUUGCAGUCACGGAGAGAUAUGAUUGUCUUGGACGAUUUGUUCAGCUUAGGGGCUUACCUGUGUUGGAUGAAUGGCUUCAAGAGGUCCAUAAGGGGAAAAUUGGUGACAGUUGUCCCGAAGAUAGUGAUAAAUCUGUUGAGGAAUUUCUUUUGGCAUUACUCCGGGCGCUUGAUAAGCUGCCCAUAAAUCUGCAUGCCCUUAAGAGUUGUAAUGUGGGCAAAUCUGUUAAUCAUUUGCGUAGUCAUAAGAAUUCUGAAAUUCAGAAGAAAGCUAGGACUUUGGUUGACACAUGGAAAAGGCGUGUUGAAGCUGAGAUGAAUGUGAGUGAUGUUUCCAAAUCUGGACAGGGUCGUGGUGUUUCAUGGCCCAACAAGCCUGCAUCGUCUGAAGUUUCUCAUGUUGGGAGCAAAAAAAAGGGGAAUACUGCUGAGGUUGGCUCAAAGUGCUCCAAUGUACAACCUUCUGUCUCUAAAGCUCAUCAGGUUAAGCUUGGUUCUGGGGAUGCUGCUUCCAAGGCAUCUGCAACUCCUGGAUUAACUAAACCGACAAGUGCAUCUGUGGGUACGUUUUCGAACGAUCAGAACUUCAGAAUGUUAGUUGCUGUAGGUUCCUCAGAUCUUCCUUUGACACCAAUUAAGGAGGAAAAAAGUAGCAGUUCUAGUCAGUCCCAGAACAACAGCCAGUCAAGUGACCAUGGGAAAACAGUGGGUUCAUCAUGUAAGGAGGAUGCAAGGAGUUCAACAGCUGGUUCUGUGUGUGUGAAUAAUGUUUCUAGCAGUGGUUCUCGCCAUCGUAAAGUAAUUAAUGGCUUUCAAGAAUCUGCUAUUGCAGGAGGUCAGAAGGAAAUCGGGUCAGGUAAAGCUAGUACGCCAAGUAGAAAUGUGACUCCUGAAAGACCAACUACUGGAGAGUCCCUUGAGAAACUUGCUGAUGUUUCUCCUGCUGACCACAGUAAUAAUAGACUCAUUGUAAGGUUUUCAAACACUGGUCGGAGCCCUGCUAGAGGUGCCUCUGGAUCUUCUUUUGAAGACUCUGUUGCCGCAUGUGGCAGAGCUUCUCCUCCUGUGAAAAAGCUUGAUAAUCAUGAUAAAAAGCCUAAAGGUCGAAAUGAUGCUGUCCGUGCUAAUAUUUCUUCAGAUAUAAACUCAGAUUUGUGUCAAGGAAAGGAUGGUGGGUUUGAAGAAUCUGCAGUUCCUGCUUAUGUAGAGCAUCAAAGGGCUGGUGAAGAUGGUGAAAAAUCAACAGAAGCAUCUAAAGCAGCUGGUUCAUUGUCAAAUAUAAUUUCAAGGUCUGGGAAAUCGUACGAGGCUUCUUUAACCUCCAUGGAAGCUUUACUUGAAAGUUGUGCAAAGAUUUCUGAAGCAAGUGCUUCUACUUCACCUAUGGAUGAUGGGGGGAUGAAUUUGCUCGCUAGUGUGGCUGCAGGAGAAAUAUGUAAAUCUGGUAAUGUGUCACCAUCAGCUUCUCCGGUGAGAAAUCCAUCUACGCCAGAGGGAUCAAGCUCAGGCAAUGAUGGAAAGGUGAGACAAUUAGGGGAGGUUUCUCUAGCCAAGUGUCAAUCUAUUGGGGGGGUUAGUGGUUGUUCCCCUUCAGAGCCGGGUACUACGGUCGACUCUUCACUUGCUAAAAAUGAUUCAAGAAAUAUUGUUAGUGGCGGUCCAACCAAUGAUUCUGGAGAUAUGAAAGGAGAUUUGGAUGGUUCUUCGAGUUUACAAGAAAAUGUAGAUUCCUUAAAAUUGUCUGCUCAUAAACCCAGUGAACCAUACGAUGUUUCUGUAACCAUACCUGCUGCUAGAGAAGAAGGUUAUACGGAUGCUGCAGGAGCUUACCAGAUUCAAGAGCAAAGAAAAUUUGGAGUUCGUAGGACAAGAAGUAUCAGCAGUUUUGAUCAUAAAUCAAAACCAGAAACUUCAUCUGAUGAGGAUAAAAAAGUUGAUAGUAAGAAAGCUUUUAAUGGAGAUGGGAGAACUGUGGAAGACAGUGUGCCAAUGGCAUCUGAAGCUCAUUCUGGGAGUGCAAAAGUCGAGAAGGAUAAUGAAACAUCAGCUUACUCAUCUUCAGAGUUGGGUCGUGGGGAUCAGAACACUGACAAGGAGUUAGGUAAUGAUGUUUCAACAGAACAGAAGCCAUCUCUUGAGACAGUAAGUAAUGCUGAACCCUUGGACGGGAAAAGUGAUAAUCCCUUGCAUUCUUCUGGCUCUGGAAAUACUUUGAAUGCGGAGUGUAAUGGUGAAAAGACUGAUAAUCUCAAGACUGGCAUCUUAGCUGAGGGGACAGAUGGACAAGCUGGGGAUUUACGUACUACUUUUGAUCAUGAAAAAGAAUCUGUUGGUCAUGUUUCAGUUGCUUCAUCUCCCAAAAUUGAGGUUCAUGCAAUUGUUGGGCAAGAAAGUGAACAUGGGAAGUCUAACAGGCAGAAGAUAGAUGGUUUGGAGUCAACUAAGACAGAGGAACAACAACCUUCCACUGCGAAUGCUUCUUGCCAUGAUUCUGUUGUAAAACUGGACUUUGAUUUAAAUGAAGAUUUUCCUUCUGAUGAUGCGAGUAACGAGGACCUUGUGAAAAUGGGAGAACAUGGAAGUUCAGCAGGUAUUCAUUUGCCUUGCACUUUACCUUUUCCAAAUUCAUCUACUUCUUGGGGUUUCCCAUCUUCAAUUACUGUGGCUGCUCCUGCCAAAGGAGCAUUUAAUCUUCCAGAAAACCCUUUGCAAAGUAAGGGUGAACUUGGAUGGAAAGGGUCAGCAGCUACAAGUGCAUUUCGGCCUACCGAACCCAAAAAAACCAGUGAUGCAAUUGACUCUACUGUUAGCAAACAAGGUUGUGCUCCUUUGGAUUUUGACUUGAAUGUAACCGAUGACGCAGCUUAUGAGGAUGAGUCUGGACCUUGUGUUCGUGCUGCUGCUGGAGGACUUGAUCUUGAUUUGAAUAGAGCUGAUGAGAGUCCUGAUGUUGAGCUAUUUUCUGGUAGCAACCAUGCUAGGUUAGAAAUGGCGUCUUUACCUGCUAGAUCAUCAUUAAGUGGGUUAUCUAUUGGUGCGGUUAAUGAUUCCAGAGACUUUGAUUUGAACAAUGGGCCAGGGCUUGAUGAUGUUGGUGCUGAAGCAGCACAAUUUGUUAAGCCUAUCAAAAGUAGUUUGCCAUCGACAGGACCUGUUGGAAUAAGAGUCAACAACACAGAUUUUGGGAACUUUUCAUCAUGGUUCCCUCCUGGCAAUGCUUAUUCAGCCAUCACUGUUCCGCCAAUUUUUCCUGGUAGAGGGGAGCAGAGUUAUGGGCCUCCGGCUGGGUUACAGAGGGUCUUGUGUCCUCCUACUGCGAGCUCCUCAUUUGUUCCUGAGAUUUACAGGGGUCCAGUGCUUUCGUCAUCCCUUGCAGUUCCAUUUUCACCUGCCGGCCAAAUUCCAUAUCCAGGAUACCCUUUUGAAACUAGUUAUCCGUUGUCAUCCAACUCCUUUUCAGGUUGUUCAACAGCAUAUAUGGACUCUUCCUCCGGUGGACCGCUUUGUUUUCCUACCAUUCCCUCACCUCUUCUUGGGCCUGCAGAUGUAGUCCCAUCUGCUUUCGCUCGUCCAUAUGUUAUGAACCUACCAGGAGGUGCUAGUAACAUUGACCCUGAUGGUAGGAAAUGGGGAAGUCAAGGUUUGGACCUUAAUGCAGGACCUGGGAGCGUAGAUGCUGAACGAAGAGAUGAGAGGCUACCUGCAGGGUUGAGACAAUUUUCUGUUUCAAGUUCACAGGCCCUUGUGGAGGAGCAGCUAAAGAUGUUUCAGGUUGGUGGUGUAUUGAAGAGAGCAAAACCUGAUGGUGGACUUGAUCCAGUGGAUAGAAUUAGCUACAAACACCCUUCGUGGCAGUAGGGUUGGGUUGCGAUGAGAAAAACCUCGGAAUCUGUUUAGGCCUGCUCUACAAGACGAGUGUCAGAACUCUGGUAAUUUGAACGAUCAGAUUAUGGAGGUGAAGCCCAAGAGUUCGUCUUGCUGAACACUGCCAUACCACCAUCUCUUAACUUUGGAAAAUUAUGGCCCUGGAAUCAGUCAAGAUGCUAAAUGAAUCAUUUUGUUGCAGAUAAGUUCCCCCGUGUAGAUAUCUAACUCACGAUUAAAAGGAAAAAAAGCAUGUUUGUUGUGCUGCCUAGGAACUAUGAAAUUGGUGUAGAUAUUGAUCCAUUUUAAAGGAGGGGAUUGGAUUGUACGAACUGUUCAGGCUGUGGCCGGCAUGUAUCUUCUGUCUGUCAAAUUUUUCUUUCCCACCUUCCAGUUACAAAUAUAGUUAUUUACUUUAGUCAUGACUGUCGAAUUUUUGUUACUUGAAAAGAAAUCAUUCUGGUUAUUGAUAUUUGCA